GUGUUGAGUGUAUAGUGAAUAGUGUUUAGUGUUUAUUGCAUCGACUCGUUGUCAAUAUAAAUGUUAAACAAUUUUUUGACUCAAUUUGUGAGCAAAUGAUUGAUUCCAUUGAUUACAAUAAUCGACUCAUUCAUUGAUUUCAUACAAAAAGCAUUGAAUCGUUAAAAUUGUUGUCUAUUUAUAGCAUUAGUUAAUCAUUUGAAUUGUUUAUCAAUUUGUGGACCAAUUGGUUAACGACUUGACAACCGAUCGAUACAAUGGACAUACGUUUGUCAUAAUUGAAGUGUAAUUAACAAAUUUGAUGUCAUUACCGAUUGUGUGAUCAGUUUUAUUGGCCACUUGAGUCUACCGGAUGUCAACCCGAGUGCACAACAACUAUUCAAUGGCCAGAAGCGGGUCAUUAAGUGGACGUCAAUCGUUUGGUCGCCGUUUGAGGACACGUUGCGAUAUUUGUAUCCGUAUCUUCAAAUGGUUACCCGUAUUAUUCAUAGUGUCUGUACUUUCGUGGGGUUAUUAUGCAUAUGUGAUCCAAUUGUGUGUCUUUAAUAUCGACCUAAUAGUGGUUAAGAUAUUUUAUUUGUCCAUUUUUCACGUGCUUUACGCCAUGACUUUGUGGUCAUACUGGCAGACCAUCUUCACCGACAGCGCCCACAUUCCCAGAGAUUUUUGGUUACCGCCGACCGAAAAGGAAAAGCUAUUGCAGGAGACAAAUGAAGAAAACCAGAAGCGUCUUAUUGAACAAUAUGUGUUUGACAGGAGUCUACCGAUUCAGUGUCGGGCCUAUAACGGAAUGUAUCGUAUUUGCGAAAAUUGUUUUAUGAUUAAACCAGACAGAGCUCACCACUGUUCGGUUUGUGACCAGUGUGUCCUCAAAAUGGAUCACCACUGUCCCUGGGUUAACCAUUGCGUCUCGUUUUCAAAUUAUAAAUUUUUUAUAUUAUUUCUGGGAUACGCCUUCACGUUAUGUCUAUUUUCAGCCAUCACUUCAUUUCCAUAUUUCCUUAAAUUCUGGAAGAAUGAACUGACAGAAUGGGGAAAAUUUCAUAUAUUAUUCUUGUUUUUUGUAUCGAUUAUGUUUGCCAUUAGUUUGAUCUCUCUAUUUGGUUAUCAUAUAUAUUUAGUUUUGCUCAACAGAUCUACAUUAGAGUCAUUUCGGGCACCGGUGUUUGCUGGAGGACCUGAUCGUAAUGCCUAUAAUUUAGGGAAAUAUAAAAACUUCUGUCAAGUAUUUGGUGAGAAUAGGAUUUCAUGGUUUCUUCCACUUUAUACUAGUAUUGGAGACGGCAUUAUAUAUGAGACGAGAGCCACCAGAGCUCCAAUGGCCGAUAACUGCAACAAUCAGCAAAGUUUUUACAACUCUAUCGGACAGUUGAAUAUACCAAUUGAAGGAGAUUUACAGCAAUCACACCCCGAUGACAGUAAGGGCAGUGGCAUUGUUUUUGAGCAAAAAAAUGAUUACGAAGACAAUGACAAACUUCUUAAUGGCGACGAUGAGGACAGAGAGGAAGAGGCUAUUAUUGAGCGCACAUCCACUUCUGGUAUUCAUUGAUAUAUUAUUAUUAUAAAAGCAUGCAAUUGUGUUGUGAUGUGAUGUGUCAUAAAUGUUUUGAAAAUCAAUGGAAAACUCAUAUAUAUAUAUAAAUGGAUCAAUUAUUUACUGAUAACUGGUUAAAUGUGAAUUACAUAUACCAUAUACAGGUGCAAAUCAUAAUGAUAUACCGCAACAACAAGUUAAGUCAUUUGUAAUGCACUCAGACAUCGAUACCAAUUC